AAAAGUCGCAAAAUGGCUGAAAACGAUAUCGCGGGAAUUGAACUGACCAGUGGACCGACUCAUCUGAGGAGCAGGAUCUUUGUGCGAAACCUGCCGCCUUGCACCCGCCAGGAGCUGGCUAUGCUCUGCGUUCCCUUUGGCAAAAUCCUUGGCUCGCUGGUCGUCCAGAAUCACGGGUUUGUCCAGUUUGAAAGGGAGAGCGAGGCCAAGUCCGCCAUAGAGGCGCUUAACCACGCCACCUUCCAAUCGAAGGUUAUACUGGUCUCGAGUGCCAGCUUUCGUUCCCUCAAGGCCGCUCACUGCAUGUAUAGUCCGUCGCCUAAGAGGAGGAUGCUCGAGUGGAAUGAAGAUGACAUUUCCACCGAUGAGUAUGAAUCUGAAAACGAUGACGAGGAAGAC